UGCCUGAUGUGCAUCCCGAGGCCUUCGCUAAUAUGCUCAGCUACAUCUACACCGAUGCUGUGAAGAAUCUCUCCCGGGAAAACGCUUUCCACACUCUGCGCUGCGCGAACAAGUAUGGCUUGCCAUUACUGGGAGCAAUCUGCACCAACUUUAUUCUGAAUCAGAUCAGUAUCGACAGCUGUCUCGAUCUGCUGGAUAUGGCAGUUCGAAUCGGCGAAGGUGCACCAAGCGUCCUGGAGAAGUGCCUGCCUGAUUGACAAAUCUGCAAAAACGGUCUGGGAAUCCGAUCGGUUCUGUGAGAUUGGAGAAG